AUCAACAUUAGCUUUCCCGACUUCUAGCGGUUUCGUGAAGACGUCUGUGGCCCUUUCUGGAGUUUUACAGGAUGUCAGCGUCGGCUAAAGGAAGGAGUAAGGCGCCCAGCAUGGCAGGGGGUGCCCCCCAGAAGAGCAUGCUGCGCAGCACGUUCCAGCACACUAAGAGCUCCAUGAUGGUGGGCUCCACGCGCAGCCAGGUUGCGGGGUCGACCAGCAAGAAGAGCGUGGUGUUGGAUGAUGGGAAGGGCGGGGUGACGCAGCGCAGCAAGGGGCCGAACGUGGUUGUCCUUGACGACGCCGGAAACGACGUGACUCCGCAGCCGCUGCUGAUCGUGGACCCGAACGCGCCGCACCACUCUGGCAGCAAACUGUUCGGGCAGGGCGGGGCCGACUCAAGCUCCGUGGGAACGCCGACAGACUUCAUGUCGCAGGCUUCCAUCUACCAGACUGGCACAGGAACGGCCAGCGUGUUCGGAGCGCCUUUCUCAAGGUCGGUGAUGGGCAGCGUCUCGCGGAUCUCUGGACAGUCCACAGCGACAGACCAGUCCUUUGGUGACGAAAUCUCUGAGGCGGGUCACGACCUUGCCGCUGGACUGUCCAGCGUGAAGACGCGGCGUGAGGAAGUGAGAGAGAUUCUGACAGAAGCUGAUCUGGACUGCUCGGUGCCGAUCCGACUGACGGAGAGCGACACGAUCUGGAUCCUGGAUCUGGUGGGGACGUGCGUCGCUAACGACAGCGAGAAUGCCGACGCCAUCCGGGCCAGGAACGACAAAUACAAGGAGCUGUGUAAGAACCGGGUGGGGAACGACCGUUAUAUGGAGCGGGGGAUGCAGACCUUCAACGAUGCACCCAAAAACAAGGAAGUGCAGGCAGACAAAGUGGAGCUGAUCGACACCGGCAUCAAUGCCUCCGAGUGGGACAUGCAUGACACGUAUCAGGACCUGGCAGCCAAGGACAAAGAGAAGUCCGGUGAGGGGGAUGCGGAUCAGGACCUGACCAUCAGCAGACCCACCAGCAGGAAGGCAGACCUGGAGGAGGUGUCGGUGGAGGGGUCCAUGAGGCAGGGGUCUGCGCUUUCUGGGCAGAGCGGCAGGGAGAGCCGUGCGAGCAUGAUGGGCUCCAGCGUGCAGGUGUCGCAGUUUGAGAUGGCGGAGACGCCCGCGCCGCAGGCCCCGCCGGAGACGGAGGGGACCGUCAUGGACGAUGCCGACCAUCCCAUUCUCAAGACGGAGAGUCUGCAGCACGACUUGUUUGUUAUGGAGAGGGUCGUUGUGCAAAACAUCUUUCAGCCCAAACAGGCAGCUUACAGGGGCAUGGACGAACUCACAGGUCAGUACCCAAACAACUUACAGGGGCAUGGACGAACUCACAGAUGUUGACCGUGAGGUGCCCGAGGACCCCCCUCCCACGGCCGGCUCCGUCUCCAUCACACAGAUGGGCCCCAACCUGGAGCGGCUCUGGAUCUACCACUGCGAGCUCACCGACGGGCGCAACGUCAGCUGUCUGUCCUGGAACAAGGCCAACCCG